UAAACACCGCACGUGAUCUUCAUAAUUUUAAAUUCGUAUUUUACAGGAUCGUAUUCUCUAUCGAUUCGUUUUAAUGAAAUAAUUGUCUGGAGAAAAUAACUUUAUUAAAACUUUCUGAAGUAAAAGAAAAGACUAUAUAUAUUUAUAUUAAAAAAUUUGCAAUUAUCUAUUUAAAAUAAUUUAACAAAUACAUCAAUUAUUGGAGAAAAUGGUUGAAGCCAUCUUUAUCUUGUGGAUUUGGUCAAUAGUUUUCGUACAAAUGAUUAAUUCAAUGCAAGGUAUUGCUGUUAAGAAAAAUAAUUCAAAAACAAAUGCUCUUCAAUCAAGUUUGUACGAUGAUAAAGAAAAGAUAAAAUACAGUGGAUUCAAUCAAAUAGAAGAAGAAGAUAUUCUAAAUGAAUUCUAUUCUGUUAAGGAUACGUGGUCCGGAUAUAAUAUUUCGAACCUGGUAAAACCGGUAUGGAAUGAUGAAUUAGCAAAACUGGCCAAGGAUUGGGGCGAUCAGUGUAAAAUGAAAUUCGGUCCGUCAACCUGUAAUAAUUUUUAUAAUCAGAGUCGAGGACUAUUUUCUAAUAGUUAUGAAGAUAUAUUUAAAAGUUGGAAAUCACAGAAAUUCUUCUACGAUCAUUUAAAUAACAGUUGUAAAGGUCCUUGUGACGAAUAUAAGCUGAUGAUGUGGGCGGAAGCAUACGCUAUAGGUUGUUCAAAAUCAUCUUGUGAGAAAUUAGGAUACAAAUAUUUAAUGGUUUGCAAUUUUUAUCCACCAAUGGAUAUGAAUAUGCCCCCAUUUAAGAUAGGGAAAGUAUGUUCUAAUUGUCCAGCUAAUUUUACUUGCAACCAAGAAAUGGUUUGUGAUAAAAGCAGUAAAAUAGUACCGAAAGAAACGUUUGAGUGCAUAAAAAUUGAAUCAUCAUCUAUGCCCACAUCGGGAUUUCGACGUCAAUAUGAAAUUCAGAAGAACGUAUUAUUUACUGCAGGAUUACUAUUAUUGUCAGUUGUAUAUUAAAGUGAUAACAAGAUUAAAUUGUCAUUUUUCAAAAUUCAUACGUAGAC